UGAAAUUCGUUAUCUGUCUAAACUUGUUCAUCUUGAUUUUUCUUGUAAUCAAUUCUCUGGGAUGAUCCCACCGGUAAUUGGACAGAUGAGCAACCUCGUUAUCCUUUACUUGUACAAAAAUCAGUUGAAUGGUUCAAUUCCACCAUCCAUAUGUCAGUUGAGGUCCCUUGCUGAGCUUGCUUUGAGUAAAAACCCGCUUUAUGGUUCAAUUCCUACAUGUUUUGGUCAGAUGUCGAAUCUGAGUUAUAUUCGUCUCAACAACAAUAAUAUUUCUGGUUCCAUUCCUUCUGAACUCGGAAAUCUUACUAAUCUAAGGGAGCUUUAUUUGUACAACAAUUUUCUCAUUGGAUCUAUUCCAACAACUUUUGUCAAUCUAAAGAAGCUAACCACCUUAAAACUUUCCAAGAAUCGGUUGAAUGGGUCCAUCCCCACAGAACUGGGUACUCUGGCUUUACUUGAACGGCUUGAGCUACAAUCCAACGCUAUCAGUGGUCCUAUUCCAAAAGAGUUGGGAAAUUUGGUAGCCCUUUCUGAACUAAAGUUGAGUGAAAACCGACUCCAUGGUUCAAUCCCAGAUUCAUUCAGUAACCUACAAAAUUUGGAAAUUUUGAAUCUCAGGGCUAAUCAAUUUUCUGGUCCUAUUCCACAAGAAUUAGGGAAGCUGAAAUUAGUUAAAAUAGAAAUGAGCUACAAUAGUUUUACUGGUAGUUUACCUGAUAAUAUCUGCCACGGAGGGAAACUUGAGAGACUAGCAGUCAUUUAUAACAAACUGACAGGUCAAAUCCCCAAGAGCUUGUACAACUGUUCCAGCUUGAUCCGACUACGGCUAGAUGGAAACCAGCUCACUGGAGACGUGUCUGAGAGCUUUGGUAUCUAUCGGCACCUCAAUUACAUCAGUCUCACCGACAACAUGGUUUAUGGGGAGAUCUUGGACAACUGGAGUAAAUGCAACAACUUAACGGCGAUGCAGAUGGGAGGGAAUCAAAUCAGUGGUAAGAUACCUGCGUCCCUUGGAAACUCUCUUCAACUAGAAGUACUUGAUUUUUCUUCCAAUGAUUUGGUUGGAGAGAUACCAAAAGUGCUUGGUAGAUUGACUCGCUUGGGGAUACUUGUUUUGAGCAAUAACAAACUUUCUGGUGUCAUACCUCCUGAUCUAGGAUUGCUAGUUGAACUCAUGCGGCUAGAUCUUUCCAUGAAUGUGUUGAACGGGUCCAUUCCAUCUUCACUUGAGAAUUGCUCCAAAUUAUUCAGCAUAAACUUGAGCAACAACAGAUUUACUAAUGAAAUUCCAGUUCAAAUAGGUAGAUUGCAACAACUAAAUAUCCUUGAUCUGAGUCUCAACUCACUCACCGGUGAAAUACCUUCAGAAAUAUCUCGGCUAAGUAGUUUGACAAACCUCAAUCUUUCACAUAAUAAACUUUCUGGUUAUAUUCCAAAGAGCUUGGAAUCAGUGAAUGCCUUCUGGAAUAUUGAUCUAUCAUACAACCAAUUAGAAGGUCCCAUUCCCAAUAGCAAAAUCUUUAGUAAUGUUUCUAUAGAAGCAUUGAAAGGGAACAAAGGUUUGUGUGGUCAUGUUAGCGGACUGAAACCAUGUGCAUCAAGAAGGAAAGCAUCGACCAGGAACCACAAACUUGCUUUCACGAUUUCCCUUGCAUUUCUUGGAGCUCUUCUACUCGGCGGUCUAAUGGCAGUUUUUGCUUUUUGUAGUUGGAAAUCGAAGAGAAUGUCAUCUCCACAAAUGGUAGAUGAAAAUUAUUAUACUGAAGAUUUUCUUUCAAUUCCACCAUUUGAUGGUAGGGACACUUACAACGAAAUCCUAAAGGUAACCAAAGAGUUUAACGAAGCAUACUGCAUCGGUAGAGGUGGGUCUGGAAGUGUCUACAGAGCGAAGUUAACAUCUGGUGAUACUGUAGCUGUAAAAAGGCUUCACCCGUAUGCGUCAUCUGAGUUAAUCCAUCGUACAGACUUUCUAAACGAGAUCAGAGCGUUGACCAGAAUACGCCACCGAAACAUUGUAAAACUAAUUGGUUACUGUUCACAUGCUGAAAACUCGUUUUUGAUUUACGAGUAUCUUGAAGGGGGUAGUCUAGCUAGUAUUUUGAGCAACAAAAGUGCUCAAAAUUUAGAUUGGACUAUAAGGGUGAACAUCAUCAAAGGUAUUGCAUACGCUUUAUCGUAUAUGCACCAUGAUUGUUCACCUCCUAUCGUUCAUCGAGACAUAUCAAGCAAAAAUAUUUUGCUUGAUACAGAUUAUGAAGCUCAUGUUUCGGAUUUUGGUAUAUCAAAGAUUUUGAACCAAGAAUCUUCAAAUUUUAGUCACUUAGCAGGAACAUAUGGAUACCUUGCACCAGAACUUGCUUACACAAUGAAGGUAACAGAAAAGUGUGAUGUGUAUAGCUUCGGGGUUCUAACGUUAGAAAUCAUAAAAGGAAAGCUACCAGGUGAUCAUACACUAAUAUCCCCACAGCACGAAAUGGUUGACCUUACAGAUUUGAUAGAUCAGCGUCUUCCGGUCCCACUCUCGGAUAUAAAAAAAGUUAUAACAUCAAUCUUGAUUCUAGCACAAAGAUGUGUUGAUCCAAACCCCAACAUAAGGCCUACAAUGUAUGAUAUUUCACAUACAAUUGAAUCAUUUCGUUACGACACUACAACAAACAGUUAUAAGUGGUGAUUGGACUCAGCGGCAUGCCUCGUCAUCGUCCGGUAGCUAUCGACCACAUCACCAGCGCAGUCAAUCCGAGGGCAUGACUCUAUUUGAUUACUUAGGAUGUCUUUGUGUUUUCCUUCAACAUCCCACAAGUUGUGGACGACUGUGGCUUUGUUCCUUGGCGGUGCAUCCCCAUUUGGCGGUGGUUUGUAUCUUUCUUAUGUACAUGUUGCUCCUCAACGAGCUCGAAUAAAAGCCCGGAAUGAUUAUGUUAGGGAUAGAUUGAAAAAGAAGUAUGGAUAUGACAAGUUCACUACUACCGAUCCAAAAUAAUCCCGAAAGUUCACCAUGCUGAUAUAGUCAAAUCGAUCAAUUCGACGACGAGUGCCUUUUUUGAUCUAUGAUAGGUGAUUCAUCAAGCCAGGAAGAAUGCAUUGCUAUCAUUGUUCUAACCAUUCAUGUAAAAGAUUUAUGGGAAAGACUUGUGCCAUACUUCUUACUUAUAAUGAUUUUAGUGUAAACACAUUUUAUAGUGCAAAAUGUUGUAUCUCAGACUAUAUAAUCGUAGUGCAAACACAUUUUGUAGCC